AUGCAAUAUCAAGCAGCAGCUGCAGCUGAGUCAUGGAGGAGUACAACCAACACCGGUUAUUACUGCAACUACAUGCCGGUAAGGCACCACCCCACGGUGGCAUUUGAUCCAUUAGAGAGGGUGGCAAAGCUGGCGUCACAAAGUGCGGUGGUAAUAUUCAGUCUGAGCACCUGCUGCAUGUGCUACGCCGUUAAGAGCCUCUUCUCCGGGAUGGGUGUGAACCCAACUGUCUAUGAGCUCGAUGAGGAUCCCAUCAGAGGAAGAGAGAUAGAGAAGGCUCUGGUGAGGCUUUUGGGCAACUCCACGGCGGUUCCGGUGGUGUUUAUCGGCGGGAAACUAGUGGGGACGAUGGAUAGAGUGAUGGCUGCGCAUAUCAAUGGGACACUGGUGCCGCUUCUGAAGAAAGCAGGAGCCCUUUGGCUAUGA